UGUGUGAGAGAGAGAGUCAGAGAGAGAGAGAGAGAGAAAGAGGGAUACAGAUAUUGGAACACACACACACUCAGAGCCCCAGUGGAAAGGGUGAAAACGUGAGCAGCUGGAAAUCUCGGUGAGGGCUAGUGGAGCCCGCAGCUCUGUUGGCUUCUGACAUGGAGCAGGACCUGGCGAGCAAGAGGCUCCACUCAAGAAUGGAGGCAUCUUGCCUGGAACUGGCUCUAGAAGGCGAGAGGUUGUGCAAAGCAGGAGACUUCAAGGGAGGGACAGCAUUCUUCGAGGCUGCAGUCCAGGUUGGGACAGAAGACCUGAAGACUCUUAGUGCCAUCUACAGCCAGUUGGGGAAUUCAUACUUCUACCUUAAGGAGUACGGCAAAGCUCUGGAGUACCAUAGACACGAUCUCACGCUGGCCAGGACAAUAGGGGACAGGAUAGGGGAGGGAAAAGCGAGUGGGAACCUGGGCAACACUCUCAAAGUGCUGGGACGCUAUGAUGAGGCAAUUGUUUGCUGCCAGAGGCAUCUGGACAUCUCCCAGGAGCAAGGAGACAAGGUCGGAGAGGCGAGGGCGCUGUACAACAUUGGCAACGUUUUCCAUGCCAAGGGUAAGCAACAGCUCUGGGGCUGCCCACAGGAGCCGGGAGACCUGCCAGCUGAUGUCCGAGACACUCUGCAGAGAGCUACAGCUUUCUAUGAAAUGAACCUCUCACUGGUUAAGGAAUUAGGGGACCGGGCAGCCCAGGGCCGGGCUUUUGGUAACCUUGGCAAUACCCACUACCUGCUGGGUAAUUUCAUUGAGGCCAUCACGUUCCACAGGGAGAGACUUUCCAUUGCUAAAGAAUUCGGCGACAAAGCCGCUGAGCGAAGAGCGUACAGUAACCUUGGCAACGCUCUCAUUUUCCUGGGCCAGUUCCACUCGGCAACAGACUAUUACAGGAAGACGCUGCAGUUGUCUCGGCAGUUGAAGGACCAGGCAAUGGAAGCCCAGGCGUGUUACAGUUUGGGAAACACGUACACACUACUGCAGCAGUAUGACCGCGCCAUCGACUACCACCUCAAACACCUGCUCAUCGCCCAGGAGCUCAACGACAGGGUUGGAGAAGGCCGUGCUUGCUGGAGUCUGGGCAACGCCUACGUCUCCUUAGGGAACCACCGCCAAGCCCUGCACUACGUCCGCAAACACCUCGAUAUCUCAAGAGAGAUUGGGGACAGGAAUGGGGAGUUAACGGCUAGAAUGAAUGUGGAGCAGUUGAUGGAGGCUCUAGGGAUGAAGGAGGGAGAUCUCUCUCCAUGUAGUUCAGAAUUCGAGAUGCAGGGUGCCAGGCCAAAGUUCACAAAGAGGAACAGCAUGGACAGCGUUGACCUUUGGAAGUACAGUUCUGAAAAGAAUGGAAACGGACAUGACGUGAACAGCAUGUCCAGGGGGUCUAAGAACCAGCUGUCUCAGUCAAGCAGGAGAAAGACCUAUGCAGAAAGCCAGUCAUCAGAUGACAGGCAGUGGUUGGACUCACCUGUGGACACAGAUGACAUCACAGUGCAAGUCCCGCCCCCGAAGCUGGGUCGUGACCCCUCAGAUGAGGACUGCUUCUUUGACCUACUCAGCAAGUUUCAGAGCAGUCGCAUGGAUGACCAGCGGUGCCACCUGGAUGAAGGUGCCAGUGGGCAGGAAGGGCAUGGAGCCGCCGGAGACCCCGCCCUCAGCGACAUGCUCAGCGAUGCCAGCCUCCUCACAUCUCCCCAAACAGAGGAGUUGUUUGAUCUGAUCGCGAGCUCUCAGAGCAGACGACUGGAUGACCAGCGGGUCAGCGUCAGCAACCUGCCGGGCCUCAGGAUCACCCAGAAUAAUCUGGGCCACCUCUGCGCCGAACCCGACCUGCAGGAGCCCGGCGACGACUUCUUCAACAUGCUGAUCAGGUGCCAGUCCUCCCGGAUAGACGACCAGCGUUGCUCUCCGCCUGAGGGGAGUCCGCGGGCCCCCACCGUGCCGGACGAGGACUUCUUCAGCCUGAUCCAGAGGGUGCAGGCCAAGCGCAUGGACGAGCAGAGAGUGCAGCUGCCCUCAGACAGCCAGGACCAAGCCGAGCAGCAGGCCGAGGUGGAGCCCGCCGCCAGAGACAGCAGCUAGACGCACAGCCCCAGAAGGACGAGAGAGAGAGAGAGAGAGAGAGAGAGAGAGAGAGAGAGAGAGAGAGAGAGAGAGAGAGAGAGAGAGAGAG